AUAACCUCGAAAUAAUUACAGUAAUUAGAAAACUUUGAAAAUAAAGAUUUACUUCGAUUUUAUAGAACUUUCUUCAAAGAAUAAAAGGGAAAAAAACAAUUAUAUAGUGAAUUAAAUAUUUUUGUUUUAAAGGUUUAUAGUUUGGUUAAUAAAAUGGAUGGGAAUUCAAAAGAAAAUUUUAAUGAAUCAGAAGAACCUUCUGUGACGUCCGAUGAUCCGAAUGAAAGAAAAUUAGCCCGGAGGAUAAGAAUUCAAAAGCGUCAGGAGGCAUUAAAGGAAGAAGUUUCAGUGUCGGAAAUUGAGGAGGAGGAAGUGACUAAUACUGAAAAACAAAUUCUUACAAGCGCCGAACAAUUGGAUAAGUUUAUUACCGAUGGAAACCGAAUGGUGACGAAUGUAAAAGUAGCCAAUGACGCCCGAGAAUUGCAACGUCGAGCAAAGGAAAAUGAAAUUCGACAGAAUUUACUAGAAAUGUUGGAGAAAAAUGCCGGCGAAUGUAUGGAACGUUAUCAAGAAAUUAAUAGCAAAUGGACAUCGAUACUCGAGUCUAAGGAUCCAUUGGAUAUUCAUUCGGAAAUGAUAACACAAAAUGAAAAAUGCCUCGCCGUACUUGCACUCAAGGAUUCGGCAAUUGAUAAUUUAAAAAAAGAACUAAAAAUAGCUGACGAGAAAUUUCACCUCGAUCUCAAGAAACAAACCGAAGACAUUGAUAUUCUAAUAGACAGAAUCGAUCACCACGUGAACACAAUGGCAAAAUCCUUUCGCAAAGAAUUGGCUGCCAUUGAAAAUACUUUGCAAUUGGAGAGGGAAUCACUCUUGGAAGUAUCGGCGAAAAAAUGGGAGACUUUAUACAAUCAACGCGCUGAAAAUGAAAUUCAAGGAAUUGAAAAGAGAAAAGAAAUCAUGAAGGAAUUUCAACUUAAAAUGAAUCAAGUGAGAAUUGAACAUCACGAGGAAUAUAGAGCGCAAAAAAUCAAAUUAGAAAUUGAACAACAAAAACUCCAACAACAAAUUCAACAAAUGAAAGCAAUUUGCAUGUUAAAUGUGGAGAAGCUUGAUUAUAAUUACAAUAUUUUAAAGAGGCGCGAGGAUGAAAAUGCGAUUAUUAAAAAUCACCAAAAACGAAAAUUAAACAAGUUACAUGACACAAUUAGUGAUUUAAAAAAGACUUAUUCGAAUUUAGAGGAAAAUACGAAACUAGAAAUGCAAAAAUUGUCCGAUCAAGUUCUUCGGGCUCAUAAAAAUAUUUUAGACCUAGAAGAAAAAUCCGAUCUAUUUACAGCGAUUAACGAGAAAAAUUAUAUGGAAAUUUGGGAAAUGAAUAGCAAAAUUGCCAAUGAUUUAUUUCAAAAGAUAUUAACAGCCGAUAAAUUAAUAUUCGAUCAAGUAUUGGGUUUAGAAUGGGAAGCACCAAAGAAGAAACUUCUGAAAAAAGAGGAUUUAGUUUCCUAUAUGAAAGCGAUGAAUGUGAUUGAACAGAAAAAGAAAAUUGACGCGGAGAAAAUGAAAAUGUGCGAACCAUACAAGCCAGCAACAACACUGGAGGAAAUCAAUUUGGAACGGAAAUUACUUGUGCAUAUUAUGAAAUUAAUUUCCGAUCGUGCGGGAUUUUUAAUUGAAGACAAACUGAAAGAAUUACUAUUAAAUCACAGCAGUGAAAAUCAAAUUAUCGUCAGACUUGACAGCGUCUUUCAGGCUUUGUGUAUUGAUUCUCCGGAAAAUAUCGACAUGCUCAUGAAUUUUUUCCUACCUUACACUUACUGUCCAAUUUGUAUUGACAACGAAAAGGACGAAUCUCAGAAAACAGAAACAAAUUCUACACCAAUCGAAGAGGACAAUGAGGAACCAGAAGACGAGCCAACCAGAAAAUUAAUUGAGACUGUAAAAGAAGAAGUUGCAGCGAUUUUUACCCCCUGCAGAAUAAGCAGAAGCAGUGAAAGUACAUUUGCCGAAAAACUCGACUGCACAAGUUCCAAAACUGACAAAGACACCAUCGAAGGUUCAAGAUCAAUUGAAGAAUUAUCGUGCGACUGUCCUGACGAUUUGAAAAAGCGAAAAGUCACUUGUGACGCGGGACACAUUCUUCAAAUUCAAGUAACACACGUAAUACGUGCCUUGACGGAAUUUUUGGAAAAAUAUCACUCCAUUCAGAAGGGCGAAUCGACCCCUGAUUUUAAAGAAAAAUUAAUAAAUCAAAAAUUUACAAUUUCGAGAAAUAUUCAAACUGAAGACAUCACAAAAUUCUGGGGAAGGUACCGUGAAAUUUUCAACGAAGAAAAAGAAACACUCUGGGACGCAUUACUAAUUGGAUUAAAUAAAUAUCACGAUAUUUUGAAAGAACGACAUAAACUCAAUGAAGAAACAGAAUCACUACGUCAACAAAAUUCCGAACUACAUCGAUUAUUAAAGACCUACAAACAGCCGGAAAAUAUUUUGCGAACAUAGAAAUUGUUUGAGAAGAAAGAAAACAACGGCUAUAAAUUUCACAGCUUGCUUUUAAUUGUCAUCCAGGCAUCAAUACCGAGACUUGAAUUUCACUCAUGCAUCAUUUUUCAAU